UCUUGACCAGGCUUCUUGAGCUCAUCCCCGCGGGGACCACGGUUCCGUCCCGCCGACCCGAGCACCCCUUCUGGUGCCGCGGGUCCACAGCACCUUCCGAAAGCGCCGGAGCGGUCCGAGGACGUUCCAGAAACCUCGCUGACCAGUGCAGCAUUGGGGCUGGGCCAUGGCGACUACGCUGGAUCUGGUGAGCUUUCUGGUGCUCCUGAGCUCAGUGUGCUGCAGAGAACCACAGCCGGCACAAGAAAACGUAUCUCCUAUUAUAAACAUGCAGCUAGAUUCAAGGAAGAAAAUGUUAAGCUGGAAUUACAUAAGAAAUGUGAGUGAGCAAGAAUGUGCAAUAUAUACCCCGCUCGGCUCUCCCACCUUGCAACCCCCACAGGUCACAGAGGACGACACGCACUACUGCAUCUUCCGCAACCACGUGCUGCACAGAGGGGCGAACCUCACCGUGAACGUCACGUGUGACGGUAAUGUGUUCCAGGAGCUGCUGGUUUUCGCCAACCCAGGCAUGGAAGGUUCCGGCGCCAUGAACUUCUCCUGCUUCAUUUACAAUGUCCGCUUCAUGAACUGCAGCUGGGCGCCUGGCUCCAGGGCCCCCGCCGACGUCUGCUACCGGCUCUUCUGGUGGGCUUCUUUGCACGAGGACGAGGUGGAGUGCCCGCACUACAUCAUGAACAACGAGGGGAUGCGCGUGGGCUGCCAUUUCGAUCAACUCGGCGAACCCCAGAACAUGGACAAUUACUUCUUCCUGGUGAACGGGACCAGCCGCACGGCGGCAAUUCCGUUUUUGGACUUCGUUCCAUUUCAAGCCUACAAAAUCGAGAAGUAUGACCCGCCGACGAACAUCACGAUCACCUACAACAGAUCGCACCACAUUAUCAAGUGGGACAAUCCCGAGAUCAGAUACGACCUUUCGAGUUACGUCCUGUACUACGAGCUGGACAUCCAAAGAGCGGGCGGCUCCUCCAACACAAAGCACGUGUUCCAGCGGGGACAAGACCCGAACGUGUACCUGAUGCCCAGUUCCGCCGCCAGGGUGGAAAGCACGUUCCGCGCGAGGGUGCGCUACGUGUAUAACGACCUGUGGAGUGAGUGGAGCCCGACGGUGCUAUUCGGCCUCCCGGAGGAGCGCGAGCCCCGCGGCGCUCUGUUCGACGUGGUGGUGUGGGCCACGGCUGUGCCCGCGCUGCUCCUCAUGUGCCUCUGCAAACGCAGGUUCUACAGGAGCCACAAGCUGUUUCCACCCAUCCCGCAGGUCAAGAAGGAAAUCACGGGGGCCCUCAUGCCGACCCUGGAGGUCGCCUGGGAUGACGGCCACCCGCCGCCGGGCUCCCAAGAACCCGAGGAAGUCCUGAUGGUGGAGGAAACGUGGUGACUGCCGUGGGGACAAGCGGACAUCGCAGCUUUGGCCUUAUCCCCCUCCCUCCCCGCCACCCCUGAAAAUGUCACGUGUGUGCGUCGUCCACUCAAAGACUUCUUCGCUGACCUGCAGCGCUGCCACCCCGACACCCAGCAGCAUGGCUUUUGGGCUUUCUGCGCGUGUCCACGCGGGCCCGCCGGGCGGGAUGGUGUGUGCCGCGGGACACCCCCUGGGGGGAGGCCAGCUGUCCGUCUGUGUGUCCGUGUCUCUGACGCACGACGCGCCCACUCGGGGACAAGGAGAGAGAGGCCGGUCUGCACGCCCAGGUCCCGCGUGUGGGUCCCACAGGCUGGGAAGCAAGCGGGAGGUGGGCGGGAGCGUCCCCGUUGGUUUGUGCACCUGCUGCUCUGACCCAGCGGAGAUUUGGAGGUCGGCCUGUCCCCAUGAUGCAGCUAACGUGUUUCAACGUGACAAAUGAUGGACGUGGCGGGGCAGGGGGGGGGAGGACCUCCUGGGAGGAAAGAGCGCGCCUGUGUUCCGCGGAUGUGCCUCUGCAUUCGGGGAUCUGCUUGUGUCUGGAUGACGCUCAACCUUGUGUCGACCCCCGGGAGGUGAAGGCGUUAGGGCGCAAAUCCAGCUGCCGCCCCCGCGCCCUCGGAACUCACGCUGCCCCGUGGCUGUUCAUCCAAAGCACCUGCAAAAACCCAAAAAAACCACGUAGGCAAACACACACACACACACACACACAGGAAAUAAAGCUGUCAGUGCAGGAGAC